CAUGUGUACAGCAGAAGUCCGUUUCAGUACCUUGGAGAGCAGCACAAUCUCAACGCCCUACUUUUGCAUCAUUUAGGACCCUAAAAACAAAAGAUACUUAUCUAUUUAUAUAUUUCCAAUAAAGACUCAUUUAGUUCUGACCUUUCACGGAAAUAGCGUUUAGUUUAUGUAAUUUAUCGCUUUUGGCUGUGAAGCGCCUGUGAAAUGUCACGUGUCACUGCUUAUUUGGUGCCCGGAAAAUAAAAAGACAAAUUCAUGACGCAUUUCGGCAUAAAAUCAGACGUGUAUUUGCGCAACACAUUUACAUAAAGUCCUGCAUGAUAUAAAUUUGCAAGGCUGUGGCCCCUCAGUGAACAUAGGGUUUUCUUCGCAUUUGGGUAGAUUUGAACUCCUUAUUUAGUGUCAACACGACGAUUAAUUGGAUAUAUUUAUUUUAGAUGUAGUGGUCAGUUAUUUUACUAAGAAUCGAUGAAGACGGACAGUAUAGUGCAGAAUAUUCCGCUUGGCGGCAGAAAGCGCAGUCUGAUCGAGGACGCGCGGCGCGACAGAGAGAGCUGCUCGCCAUCUCCGGGCCCAUCGCGCUGCGGGGACAGUUUCGUGUUUGAGGAGGAGAAGAGCGGCAAAGUUACUCUCAACAUCGUCUUUGGUCUCAAAAAUGAGAAAAACGCAGGCUUCUUCAAGGCUGGCAAAGUCUUUGAGACUUUCGAAGCCAAGCUCCUUCAUCUGGAGAGUCGACCGAGCAGGAAGACGAAGAAGAGCACUGGAGAGGAUCUGGAGUUCUUCAUGAGAUGUGAAAUGCACUGCUCCGACACUGACAUUUUCAUCAACUCCUUAAAAAGAGUUGCUGAUGAAGUGCGAAUAGUGCAAGAGGAAAAGAUUCCUUGGUUUCCAAAGAAGAUUUCUGACCUAGACAAAUGCAAUCAUCUGAUAACAAAAUAUGACCCUGAUCUGGACCAGGACCAUCCUGGAUUCAGCGAUCCAGAAUACAGAAAACGAAGAGAAUUAAUUUCUGCACUGGCUUUCAACUAUAAGCAUGGUGACCCUUUACCUGUAGUGGUUUACACUCCAGAAGAGACUGCAACCUGGAGGGAGGUCUACAGGACUCUGAGCAGUCUGUACCCUAGUCACGCCUGCAGACAGUUUCUAGAAGCCCUGGGCCAGCUGGAGAGCGAAUGUUUGUAUGGGGAAGACAAGAUCCCUCAGCUUGGAGAGGUGUCUGCUUUUCUUAAAGAGAGGACAGGGUUUCAGUUGCGGCCAGUGGCAGGGCUGCUCUCUGCUCGGGACUUCCUAGCCAGUCUAGCAUUCCGGGUGUUCCAGUGUACCCAGUACAUUCGUCACCCUUCAGCUCCCAUGCAUUCCCCUGAACCUGACUGCUGCCAUGAGCUACUUGGACAUAUCCCCAUGCUUGCCGACAAAGAAUUUGCUCAGUUUUCACAGGAGAUUGGCCUUGCCUCACUUGGAGCAUCAGAUGAGGAUAUUGAGAAACUGUCCACACUGUACUGGUUUACAGUGGAGUUUGGCCUCUGCAAGCAAAAUGGAACCGUAAAGGCCUAUGGGGCUGGACUUCUGUCCUCCUAUGGAGAACUUUUGUACGCCCUUUCUAAUGAGCCCCAAUACAAGUCAUUCAACCCAGCUGAGACUGCAGUCCAGCCAUACCAGGACCAGUCAUAUCAGCCUGUUUACUUUGUGUCCGAGAGUUUUGAGGACGCCAAACACAAGCUGAGGCAAUAUUCAUCUACAAUCCAGAAACCCUUUUCCAUUAGAUAUGAUCCCUACACUGGCAGCAUGGAGGUCCUAGAUGAGCCUUCUAAAAUCCAGAAUGCUUUAGGGCAAAUGAGGGAUGACCUGAAGAUUUUACAUAAAGCUCUGGAGAGACUGGGACAGAAAUAAACCACAGUGGGAGAUCUAUCAUCAAUAACAACUACCCAUUUAAGGAAACCAUGAAUAUGAGUACAUGAGGCCUGGAGUUGAAAUGUGUAUAUGUGUCAGUAUCACCUUGUUAUGGAUGUAAUGGACAGUUUGGUUUACAAAAAUAAUAAAUAUCUUUAUUUUGACUA